CAGCCCGUGGAGCAUCUGUGCUAAAGCCGCUAGCGGUCGAUGCUAACCCUUAGCCGCUCGGAUGGAGCUGGUUAACGGGGCUACAUGAUGGAGCUGCGGGGCUGGAGGGGGUUUAUCUGAGGCUGCCGUGACCGAGGGGGGUCGGUGUGAGGUGCGACACCCCCUCCGGGAUGAUGACACAGUCAGUCAGUUAGCUUCUCUGUUGCUAACCGUUAUAUUCAUGCCUGGCGCCUCCUGCUACAGCCUGCUUAUGAUCACGGGACCUCAGCGGCCGGUUGGCCGGACUUUGGUUCGGAUAGGUGGGGCACCGAGCCCCUGGAGCCAGCGGGCCCAGCUGUUGGAGCUGCGGACCCAGAACUACCAGCUGUCCGACGACCUCAGGAAGAACUCUGCAGAGCUGAACGCCGUUCGACUGAAGCUCGGCGUUCAGGAGCGAGAUCUGCUCAAAGCUCAGAAGGCUUUGAGUAAAAGCAAAAAAGCUCAGGAGGUGGACGCGCUGCUGAGUGAGAAUGAGAUGCUGCAGGGGAAGCUGCACAGCCAGGAGGAGGACUUCCGGCUGCAGAACAGCACCUUGAUGGCGGAGCUCUCCAAGCUGUGCACGCAGAUCGAGCAGCUGGAGCAGGAGAACCGGAGCAUGAAGGAAGGCGGAGGAGCCGCUGCUUCCGACCCGCCUGCUAACUCCGCCUCCUGCCCUGCGGACGGAGAGCUGCUCCGCCUCCAGGCAGAGAACGCCGCCCUGCAGAAGAAACUUAAAGCUCUUCAGGAGAACUUCGACAGGGAGCUGCAGAGGCAGGCUGUCUCCCACGGCAACCAGAGAGCUACCACGGAGACGGACGGGUCGGCUGACACCAACGGAGUCUCUGAUGUCUCUGCUGGCGGCGAGGACGCGGCAGCAGAAGGAACCAAUCAGAGGGAGGGACAGGCGGGGCUCCAACAGGCGGAGGAACGUCUCCAUGCGCCCCCUUCAGGCCGGUCAGAGAAGAGCAUAGAGAAGAUUGUAGCUAAGCAGGCAGCUGUAGGCUGGUCGGCUGCCUUCUGUCCAAUAACUCACUGCUUUGGACCAGAACUGGAGAUGGCCCUGAACACGGAGCAGGAGGAGAAGAGGCUGCUGAGGGAGCAGGUGCACAGCCUGGAGGCCUCCAAACAGGCUGAGAUCUCCAAACUACAGGAGGAGAUCACCAAGCUGCUGGACAAGUUAAAGAAGAAGCAGGAGAGUUUUCAGCGUCUUCAGACGGAGAAGGAGGUUCUUUACAACGACAGCAGGACAAAGAUCGACGAGAUCAACCAGAGGAAGGAAGAAGACCUGAAGGCUGUGAACGUCCGCCUGCAGAAGCUGCACUCGGACCUGGCAGCAGCCAAUCAGGCAACAGCGGAGCUGAGAGAGCAGCUGCAGAACAAAGACAAGGAGCAGGAAGUGGUUCUGCAGACCCUGAAGGAACAGGCGGCCAGUCAGGAGCAGGUGGACAACGUUCUGCAGGAGAACGACGCUCUGAGGACGAACCUGGCCGCUCUGGAACAGAUCCAGACGGCGAAGACGGUGGAGAUGAACCUGCUGAGGGAGCAGCAGGAGGCGCUGACGGCCGAGCUGCAGCAGAACCGAUCAGAACAGGAGGUUCUGCUGGCCCAAAGAGACGACCUGAACUCUCAGCUGCAGGAGUCGAGCUUCGCCAACAGGAAGCUGCUGGAGCAGCUGACGGAGGAAGGGCAGGAGAAGGAGCGGCUGCUACGGGAGCUGGACGAGGCCAAAAAGACGGCGGAGAAGAGGAAGACCAUGCUGGACGAGAUGGCCACACAGAUGCACCAGGUGAAGUCCGACCACAAGGAGGCGCUGUCUGACCUCAAACUGCAGCAUGAGAAGGAGGUUUUGGGUGUCCGGGCGCGCUAUGAGAAGGAGCUGCGAGUUCUGCACGAGGAGAAGAGCCGCUCUGAGGAGGAGAUCCGACAGCAGCUCAGGGAGGAGAAGGCCCGAGCGAAGGAGCUGGAGGGUCUGCAGCCGCAGGUGGAGGAGCUGCAGGCUCAGGUUCAGGCCAUGGAGGGAACCAAGGGAUGGUUCGAAAGGCGCCUGAAGGAGGCUGAGGAAAGCCUGGAGAAGAACGCAGCCCAGCAUCAGGAGGACCUGCAGAGGCUGCAGGAAGAGCAAACACAUCAGCUGGAGGAGAAGCGAGCAGAGAUGGAGGGAUGGAAGCAGAAGCUGGAGGCGGCGGAGAAGGAGAGGGACGAACAUGUGAAAACCAUCGAGAAACUCAAACAGGAGAUAAAGGACACUGUGGACGGCCAGCGGAUACUGGAGAAGAAGGGCAGCUCAGCGCUGAAGGACCUGAAGCGGCAGCUGCAGCUGGAGAGGAAGCGGGCCGACAAGCUGCAGGAGAGACUGCAGGAGAUCCUGACCAACAGUAAAACCAGGACAGGUCUGGAGGAGCUGGUUCUCUCUGAGAUCAACAGUCCCAGUCGGACUCAGCAGACCGGAGACUCCUCCUCCGUCUCCUCCUUCUCCUACAAGGACAUGAUGAAGGAGGCUCAGCCGACCAAUCAGAACAGGUCCGGAGGAGGCAGCCCGCAGUCCCAGCGUCCCGCCGAGCUCUCGGACGACGAGGUCGGCGAGCUGUUCCAGCGGCUCGCCGAGGUCCAGCAGGAGAAGUGGAUGCUGGAGGAGAAGGUGAAGCACCUGGAGGUGAGCUGCUCGUCGAUGGCGGAGGACAUCUGCAGGAAGAGCGCCAUCAUCGAGACCUACGUGAUGGACAGCCGCAGAGACGUGUCCGGCAGCGCGGUCGGAGGUCACGGAGGCUCUCAGGGAGACAGAGGAGGUCUCGGCUCGGUCCUCAGAGAUCUGGUGAAACCAGGAGACGAGAACCUGAGAGAGAUGAACAAGAAGCUGCAGAACAUGUUGGAGGAGCAGCUGACCAAGAACAUGCACCUCCAGAAGGAUCUGGAGCUGCUGUCCCAGGAAUUAGUCCGGCUCAGUAAAGAGGGCGGCCCAGGCGGGAGCAGUGCAGCCGGUUCUGGAUGAGACUAAAACCUGGAUCCAUCUGCUUGCUUCUUUCUUUCUCACUCACUGCAUUCGCAACCUGCCGUGGCCUCCGUCUACUGCCUGGAGCUGCUAUAGGCUCCUGGCUGGGACUAAGUGCUGGAUUCAUUCUCAUCUGUCGGUUCAGAAGGUUCCAAAGAUGGAGAAGAAGAACCGAACGAGAACCGAGGACACGAGCAGCUCGUUUCAUUUCAUCUGUUGAAUGUUCUGUAAUUAGACUGCACCACUCAUCUCUCUGGGUCCUGACUAUGACCUGGAAAACUGGAAUGACAACUGACUGCUUCUUCCUCGACUGACCUCAUCGCUUCCUGUGUGCAUUAUUAACUCUGGGACCUGACUAUGUACUGGAAUCAUAUCUGAAACGGUCACCAUGACAACUGGGCAGAUUAACAGAAUUCUGAUCCAUCAGCUUCCGCUGAUCCAAAUGAACCUGCGGUUGCCAUGGUAACCGUUUCUGUGCGGUCCCUCGGCUCGAACGGAAACACGACGCUGAGAUUACAUUUUUUUCACUACAAAAUGUUCUGAUGAUGCAACCAAGAAAGAAGCGGUUCAUGAUCAGGAACCUUUGACCCAAAACAGGUUUGGAUCAGAACCGGAUCCUGCCACUAGGUGGCACCGCAGCCUGCAGACAGCAGCUUUAAUUCUCAGCAGAAAGUUUCCAUUCGGUUCCGUUCAGAUAUCUGGGUUUGGUUCCAUCAGAGGCAGAGAUGUUCUAACCCACUCCAGGCUUUGGGUCGUACACCUGCAGACGUUUGGUUCUGAACGGUUCUUACUGAGUUCUGUCUGUAGAAACAAUCAGAACCACACACUCCUCUGACUGGUGACCCACGUGUAAAACCAGUCGGGUCAGAACCGCCCUGUCUGUCAGAGAAGCUCCAUUUUAACCCGGUUCCAGCAGAACACAGAGCGGUCCUGUUCAGGCGGGCCACAUCGGGUCAGUCAUCAGAAUUUACACAUCUCUGCUGGGUUCUGACCCAAAGCAGAACAGAACCGAAUGGAUCGGUGGGUCUUUGUUCUGACCUACUAGCUGUUUGUUCUGGUCCAGUUCUGACAUGUUCUGUAACUCCUCUGAUGCAGAACCUCAAAUAAUCACUAAUGACUCAAGGAUUAGACUACUUCCUGGAUUCCAGACAGCAGGUUCUGGACCAGAUCAGAACCUCUGUGUCUUUGCCUGCUGCAAUGUUGGUAACCGGGUUCGGAGCACAGCUGCUGGUUCUGGUUUCAAUUUGUUGCUUGGAUCCAUCUACUUCCUGGUUCGAUCUGAACGUUUCAGCACAUUUAGUCCGACUUGGCCCCGCCUCCUCCAGAACCCAGGGUUUAAUCUGGUUCAGAACAAGCCUGGCAGUGGGCCCAGACUACAUCCUGGGAGGAACCCCGCCCAGCGUUCUGAAUAUUCUCUGUAACUCCUGUGUGACGUCUGGCUGCUCUGGGAUCAGAUCCGUGUUUGUUUGUGACGUUUUGGAUCUGUAAAUAUUCGCUGUGAGAUAAACAGAGCUGAUCUAUUUAUGUCUGAUCAUCAUGACGCUAAUUAUUGUAUCUAAGGAAUAAAAUACUGUCUGUGAACGACGGCGUGUCGCUGCAUCAUUUCUGUGGAGGAAAAACGCUCGUGGUUCUGACUACAAACUGAAGAAUUGAAUGUUUUUUCUUUGAAGGAAU